AUGUCAUCAGCGGACCCAGCAACGCAGCUUGAUACCCAGGAACAACCUCAGAAGACCAAGAAGCCCCUAUCCUGCAUCUCCUGCAAGCUCCGAAAGCUGAAAUGUGACCACGAGAAGCCAAUUUGCACUCGGUGCACCAAAGCCGGCAGCGAGUGCAUAUACCCAGAAGCAAGACGCAAGCCGACCAUCCAGCGAAGCAAUGUCAAGGAAUUGGAGGCUAGACUAGCUCAGGUAGAGGGCUAUCUCAAGGAGGCUACCGAGGAAAGUCGAGAUGUGAAAAGAGGCAAAGCCGACGGCAAUCCAGACAGUGACGAUGGUACGAAAAGUCGACCGAGAGCCGCGACGGCAGCUGAUGAACAAGAUGUUGCUGCGCUGGAUGAGCAGCCUAUCCCACCAGGGCACUUCACCGACCCCAAUCAGUUCGCUGACCAGGCCGAAUCUGGUGACGGCCUUCCUUUUGAGUCGUCUAGCUUCGAGUAUCUGAAUGGCAAGCAAUACAGCAAUGACGAGCUGAUAGACCUCAGCAUGUCAGAGACGUUGCCCCCUAUUGAAAUUAUAGAAGAACUGCAUGAAUGCUUCUUUACUACGCAGUACCACUACAUGCCGCUUAUACAAUCUUGCCGCUAUUACCAGGCCUUUUAUGGUGGCCCUAUGAGGAAACCACCCAUGUGCCUACAGUAUGCUAUUUGGGCAAUGGGAGCACUGUGGCACCCCAAGUACGACCGAUGCGCCGAUGUAUUCUAUAAAAGAUCUCGCUAUUACGCCGAAGCUGAUGAAAUGAGAGAGUCUGGAGAGUAUUUUAUCACGAUAGCACACGCUCAGGCUUGGGCUCUCAUCGCUUGCUAUGAAGCGAGAGCCAUGCUUUAUACCAGGGCGGGAAUGAGUUGCGCCAGGUGCUGCCGCCUCGUGCACAUGCUUGGCCUUAACAAGAUUGACAGUCCAGAUGACGAUGCUCCAGAGACUCUAGGUCCUCCACAGGAUUGGAUAGAGCUAGAAGAGCGCAGAAGAGUCUUCUGGGUGGCGUUUUCAUGCGAUGCUCAAUCAAGCAUGGCAACUGGCUGGCCAAGUUAUAUCAACUCUGAUGAUAUCAUGACUCGACUUCCAGCUAGUGAAGAGGCCUUCAUAUCUGGCGAAGAAGAAGAGUGCCCUUUUUUAGACGAUGUGAUGAAAGGCGCAUCCUACAGCGGCUUUUCCGGCUCUCUCGUUCUUAACCACCUCUUGAAGGCCAUCAUGCGACAUGUGCAUCUCAUCAGGCCGUCUGACCGACCUGAAGAUCCCACGCACGGAGAUUUUUGGAAGCGGCAUCGCCGUUUGGAUAAUCAGCUGUCGACCCUGUUCAUGUUCAUGCCGGACAAGUUCCGUCUCCCCGAGAAUUUACACAAUCCUCUGGCAACCUACAUCAACCUCAACUUUCACGCAUGUGUAAUUUGCUUGCAUCAUGUUGCCCUCGAAGUCAUUGAAAAGCACGGCCUUGGCGAUUCUUUGAGAAAAGACAGUCGAUACCUUUUGAAGAAUGCCGCGGACGAGAUUGCAAGCAUUGUCAAGAUGACAUCCCAUCGCUCAUCAUUAUUUAGCAAUCCUUUGUGCGCCUUUUCGCUGUAUAGUGCAACAACGGUGUACGUUUACCUAGCCAAAGAAGACCCAGCUACGGGAAUAAAUCCCGUCGACAUGUCCAAUCUUGAACUCAUCGUCAAUGCCAUGGAGGCUAUCGGUCGUAUACAUAUGGUUACAUGUGCCUUCUUGCAGCAAGCUUGUCUCGACAUCGACAACAACGGCCUAUCAUCAACCAUCAAAAUACCCGCCCUCUACCAAUACCGCAAUCUCUUUGGCGGCCCCGCUUCCAACAUUCCCCUGCUAGCUCGAAGCCCCAUUUCAAAACACACGCAAAUGAGUUCUCCGCUGCCUGGGCGACUGCCUCUGGGUAACCCUCUCGGCCACUUACGGCCGACGAACCUGAGAAUGACAAAAUCCAUUCCCUUAUUGACCGGUGUGACUGCUGUGACGGCACAAAUGGGCCGAAUGGGUAUUACAGAGAGCUUCCGGCCGACUUUUGGCGCCAUAUCCAGAAACCUGGCACCCCGACCCACUGAUAACAUCAACAAAAGAAAGCGAGAUCCUAUGACUUCUCAGGCUGCAGCGAAUACAGACGCAGAGAUCUUUUUGGCGGCCUUGCGUAAUGGAUAUAUUGGCCGUGCGCCUACACCUGGAGCUUUUGCACCUGUCGAUCGAACCAAUUCACCACAUUUUUACUUCUCACCUGUUGGCCAAGGGACGGGCAGCGAGCCGGGAUCGAGUAAUAGCAGUGCAUGGCCUGGCACCACAGGAACUGGCACCACAGGAAGCGAUCCCGGGCAUAACUUGAGUGAAUGUCAACCAGAUCAGAGCGGUCAGCCUGCAAUGGCCUGGCAGUUGGAUGAUGACAUGAUGGCUUUUACCGGAGGCUUCUCUAACGAUUGCCCGGAUGCAAGCGGUGGCCCACAAGCCUUUUUCUGA